GGAAGUGGUUAAGACAUUGCAGCUCUUCACCACAGGAAGUUUGUUCACUGAAGGAGGUCUUAACAUCACCUGAGUCCCGUCUCCUUACGCACACGCUUCACAACACUCUAGCAGUCUCACGUACCCAGUCUCUAAGAAUGUCAUUGUCAUUGUGUGGAUUUUUCUUCACAUCAAUUCUCAUCUUUUCUGCUCACUUUCUCCAAACCUGCGGUGGAGCUUUGAGUCAGGAGGCUCCUCCUGCUCCCGGGCUGGUGCAGAUGUUCUCAGGUGUGUCCUCGGUUGUGGUGUUAAGAUGCCAGGCCCCCCCAGGUCACAGCGGUCAAGUGUUUCAGCUGUACCGCGUCCGCACACUGGCCCUCUCGCUGCAGUUUGACUCAGAGCGCUCGUACGCCGACUUCCAGUUCAGCCCCAACGCCACAGACACGCAGGAGAUCUACUGCUGCCGCUACGACCACAGCAUGUACAGCUCCUACACACGCCUCCUUCCUACAACACGCCCAAUCACACCUCCUACUCCUCCUCAACUUUCAGUCUUGCCCCCAGAUGGGCGUGUCCAACCAGGUCAGGUGGCAGAGUUCCAUUGUCAGACCCUGCCCACUGUCACUCCUGUGGCAUUUGUCCUCCAGAAACAACGUUGGGAAGAAGAAGAAUUUCAAAUCGUGAGCCGUUCUACAAAUCCUCAGUUCAGGGUGGGGCCAGUGGGCGUGGCUGACGGAGGCAUCUACACCUGCUUCUACCAGCUGAUAAAACAAGAGGGAGUUCAAAACUCCGCCCCCAGCGCACCUGUCUCUGUUAAAAUAGGAGUUGAGCUUCCAGCUCCACGGUUAUCUCAAGAGGCAGAGGGGGCAUUAGUGUGCACCGGGUCUCCCUCCUACCCUGGUGCUCACUUCUCCCUGUUCCAACAGGGUUCUUCAUCAGCAUUAGCGACAAAACGCGCCAACGUUAUUCAACACAGCGUGCAGUUUCCUGCAUCAGGACAGCUCACGGACGGGGAAAGGUACCAGUGUCAGUACAGUGUGCUGCUGGGCAAUAACUGGGCACAUUCUGAACUCAGCUCCCCUGUUCAACUGCUGUAUGUUACAGGAUCUCCUCCUACAGAUAACCAUCCUCCACAAACAGGUGUGAUGGACCUGCCGCUGGUGUUUGGCUCCAUCUCCGCUGCCUUGCUCUUCCUGAUGGUCUUCAUCUUCUUGUGGGUUGGGAUUCAGAAAUACGCCAAGUCAGCAGCCAAGAAAAGAAGACAAAGGGAACAGGAACAGUUCUGGAAGCAGGUUCACUCCAGAGACCACAUCGUCGAUCUCACAUUACAGAGAGUCAGCAUUGGCUUCAAGGAGGACGAAGCAGCCGCAGAGUCAGAGCCCAUCUACGACUGUCCACUCAGCACCUUCACUCACCCACCUGGCUACUGACUAGGGUUAGGUCACUGACUUUCUGUCUCACUAGGCCACUGACUUUCUGUCUCACUCUCUCUGCCUGUCUCUCUCUCUCUCUCUCUCUCUCUCUUUGUGUCUCUCAGCCACAUUGUGGAGUGAGAGCAUCACACACACAGACAGGUACAGCACACCUGAGUGGGUGGAGCAUGCAGAUGAUGUAAUUGGGUUCUGGUUUACAUGUAAUUGCUUUAGUUUCUUUCUGAUACAGAGAAAAUCAGCACAUGCGCACACACACACACACACACAUCCUUUUUCCUCCUAUAUUCCUCUCUCCCUAGCAUUUGCAUGAUUUGUAUUUUUGUAUUUAAAGUGCUUUUUAUGUGAAUUAUGUUUUUAAAUAAAAAUUCAUGCAUUAUUAAUUACAUUUUAUGGAUGAAUCUAUACACACACACACUGCUGCAUGAAAUUUGAGCAGUAAAGCACAUUAUAUCCUGUGAACUGCAUCAUCUUCAUCAGUAGAUGAGUGACGCUGCUCAUGUAACUCUGUGGAGUUUUGUUGAGUGUUAAAUGUUUGAGCUUUUAUAAAUGUUUAUAACACAGGUCACUCUGUAGGUGUUCAUUACUGACUAGCUCAUUGUGAGAAGUGCAAAAUGACUGUUCAUCCAACUCGACACAAAUUACACAUCUGUCCACCUGCCUGUCUGUCUGUACACCUGCCUUUCUGUCUAUCUGACUGUCCACCUGCCUGUCUGUCUGUCUGUGGCUGUGUUUCAAUACAGCUUUUCCUGUCCCCAUGUUGACUUCCCCUAGACAGAGUGUGUACUAGACACUUUUUCAUGUCUAGUUAAAGUGUGAGUAAGUCAUCAAUCUACAAAACACUACCAGCUCCAGCGUCUCGGGAGCUUCGUGAGGUUCGAGGUCUGGAGAUUUUAA